AUGACAGCGUCUGCAGAUUUCAAACAGACUAUCGAUCCUGAGAUGAAGUCAUUAGUUAGUCAAGCAGCCGAAUUAGUCCUUAAUUGCGAAGCAAUUUUGUUUACAAGUGGUGCUGGCAUGGGUGUUGGGAGUGGACUUGGAACGUUUCGAGGUGUUGCAGCCGGUGUCUGGCCACCUUUACUGAAACAUCCGAAUCUCGAUUUUUCUGAUAUGAGCAAUCCAAAAUGGUUUGAGAUAAAACAAGGGAAUAGUAAAGAUCAUGAUACAGCGAAUUUCGGUUAUGCAUUUUGGGCAUAUCGAUACAAUGCUUACACAUCAGCAACUCCUCAUAUCGGUUAUGAAAUCGCGAAGAAGUGGAAUCAUUUGAGUAAUGUAAAACACGCAUUUAGUUUUACCAGUAAUAUUGAUGGUCAUUGGAUCAAAUCUGGUUGGGAUGAAUCAUUAACAUUAGAAUGCCAUGGAUCAAUUCAUUAUAUGCAAUGUGUAAAACCAUGUUGUCAGAGAAUAUGGGAAACAGAUAACGCACUAAAUCUCCAAGUUGAUCCGAAAACUGAUUGUGUCAUCGAUGCUCUACCAAAGUGUUCAUUUUGUACAAGAUUGGCACGACCCAAUGUGCUGAUGUUUGGUGACGGACUGUAUGUUGACACAAGAUCAAAUGAACAAAGUGAAAAUUAUAAUAAAUUUCGAGCAAAUAUACAGGAAAUGAAAGGAAGACUAUUAAUUAUUGAAUUAGGAGCAGGAACAGCUGUCCCGACGGUUCGAAUGGAAAGUGAAGCAAUGUACAAAGAUCCAGAGUUGGCUGCAGAUUUUAUUCGGAUUAAUCCAUUGAAAGAACAUUUGUUUAUGAAUCAUUUUUAUGAAAACAGAAGUAAAGGACGGCUUUUGGGAAUUCCUCUUGACGCAUUGACAGCUUUGACGAUGAUUGACAACGAGAUCGCAGAUAAAGUCAAAUAA